AGGUUAAACCAACAAAAGGUUACAGUGAUGGCCUCAGUCAAUGAUCAAGCUCACAGAGAAUCCGAAUCUCCUAUUCUGAACUCGCCGGCGUCACAAACCACCGCCGCCGCUGUUGCUUGAACCGAGUUCACAUCCGCAACACACACUCUCUGCUCCGGUUUUGUUUCCGCCGAGCAUUGACGGAGCCUCCAACACCGCCACUCAUUUCUCUUGGCCGUCUCGUCACAGCAACAACCAAUUCUAUAGUACAUUUUGGAUUUUGAUUCAAGGAUGAGUGCUUUUAUGACGUGACAAUUGACGAGACAUGUAUAUGUGAUUUUGAGGUUCCUUAUUGUGGAUGGUCUUACGAAGAAUAUAAAGAUGCAACGCAAGCCAUCCAACAGCAACGACGUAUAAGUAGGCUUACUGUUAUCUGAUGUUUUUUUAAGUACGUGUUAUAUCGUAGAAGACUCGGCCCCAUUCAAGCUUCAAGCUUCUGAAAUUCUUUUUUCUCUCCCCUUUCAAAGUAACAACACACAAAAAGAGAUGUUACGACUCAAAAAGUCGAAACACCUCAAAAAAGUAUCAUUGGCAGAGAUUCGAGAAGCAACCCAAAGCUUCGCAUCAGAAAAUUGUAUAGGUAAAGGUGGAUAUGGUAUGGUGUACAAAGGGUAUCUCAGCAUUGCUCCUGACUCUCGAACAUCUAUCCUAGUCGCAAUAAAGAGGUUAAAUGAAAAGCAGGGACGACAAGGGUCACCGGAAUUUUUGACAGAGAUUCACUUGCUCUCCGGUAAAAAGCAUCCAAACUUGAUCAAUCUUUUUGGUUAUUGUGUAGAGCAUAACGAGAAAAUCCUCAUAUACGAAUACGCUGAGCGUGGAAGCUUGGACAUGUUUCUAAAGGAUGACAAUAGAACUCAUAAUCUUACGUGGUUGGAAAGACUCAAAAUUUGUGUUGGUGCUGCACGUGGGUUACAUUACCUGCAUAAUCAUGUUGGAAAGCAUGAAGCCAUAAUCCAUCGAGACAUAAAGAGCGCUAACAUCUUGAUUGACGAGAAUUGGGUUGCAAAAGUUUCUGAUUUUGGAUUGUCCACGUUAUUGGCAGGUUCAGAUAGAGAUGAGGUUGUUUCUCAGGCUUGUGGCACACUGGGUUAUGUCGAACCUGAAUAUGCUAAAACUGAUAUAGUGACGAAAGAGUCUGACGUAUACUCUUUUGGCAUAGUACUGUUUGAAGUUCUAUGUGGGAGGCUGUGCACCAGGAUUAAAAUCAAUGGUGGCUUCUUGUCACCACCCUCUUCGGCCAAAGAUUACUACUUGAAUAACAGCUUGGAUGAGAUUGUUGAUCCUAGUUUAAGGGAAGCUAUGAACUUCAACUCCAUGGACACAUUUGUAGAAAUUGCCAAGGAAUGCUUGCAUGAUGAUCGAGAAGAGAGGCCACCAAUGGGCCGUGUGGUAGAAGAGCUUGAAAAAUCAUUCAACCUUCAAAUCAGAUCAGAGAAAGUGAAGAUUAUUUUUCAGCAUUUUGAUUUGAAUAAAGACGGUGGUCUUAACAAAGAAGAACUAGGAGCCCUUAUUGUUGCUACAAACUCUGGUCUUAAACGCUCUACUGACGACAGGGUGUACCAUAUGGUCAGAUCAGAUCAGGAGAAAGGUCUUACCUGUGAAGGUCUUUUACAAAUCUAUGACAACUGUGAUGUUGACUUAGACAUGGAUUAUGAGGUGCUAAGCCUUAAAGUGAACCUCCACAAUGGUAAAAAACCUAGUUUCACCGCAUGGGAGAGAUAUGAGAAGGUGUUGAAAAUUUUCCAGCGGUUUGAUUUGAACAACGACGGAGGUCUUGACCCAGAGGAAAUAGAGGCCCUCGUAUCUGCUACACACCCUAAUUCCAAGGUCAACAUGAUCAUAGAUUAUCUUGAGGGUAAUCCCUACUCCCUUGGCUUCUCCGAGCACUAUGAAGAAUACGCCGUUGGUAAAAAGGGUCUUACUCUCAGAGGCCUUCUACUCAUUUAUGAUCAAGGCAAACUUGACUUGGACUUGGAUUUUCAGGCAUUGGAACAAAGGGGGAGAAAUGUUGCGGACAUGCAUUUGUGGCUCCUCGUAUUUCUAGUGGCAUGUCUUCUCCCGAAUACAUUGCUAAACUUGUAUCCCUUACGCUUGAAAGAUCUCCUAUGGCAUAUGGUCUUGAGCUAUCUCAAAGGUUCAUUAUGUUAGUACAACACCUUUUGAGAUGAUCUCUCAUUUGAUCUCAGAUAUUACUUUAAGGAAAGAUCAUCAAGUUCCGUUGAAUGGGAGGAAAUUUCAUCAAACGAAGAUUCCAGCUAAUCACAUAUGGCUAUGAAAACUUUGUAUCACCUUUAUAUUUCCAGACAUUCAUCUAGCCUAUUCUACUCUAAUUCUACUAAACAAGGAGGUUUUUUUUUUCUUUUUUUCGAAAGAGUGUGGUUGGAAAACUUAUUUACCAAAUAUAAGUUAUUAUUGUACUUUGUAGUGAUGGUAUAUGAAAGUUUUUAACGAUGUUCUGUACGUUUCUUUCAAUACUUUGAGGCAGUGGCGGAUCCAGGAAUUUUUUCCUCUGGGUUCACUUUUUUAGA